GGGAAGGGAAGAAAUAAAAACCCUAGCAGCAACAGAGAGAUGGAGGCGGCGAGGACAGUGAAGGACGUUUCCCCUCACGACUUCGUGAAAGCUUACUCAGCUCAUCUCAAGCGCUCCGGAAAGGUGGAGCUUCCUCACUGGAUUGAUACGGUGAAGACUGCCACAUUCAAGGAGCUUGCUCCCUAUGACCCGGAUUGGUAUCAUAUCAGAGCUGCUUCCAUCGCAAGGAAGAUCUAUUUGAGGCAGGGUAUUGGAGUUGGUGGUUUCCAGAAGAUUUAUGGUGGGCGCAAGAGAAACGGGGCUCGUCCACCACAUUUCUGCAAGAGCAGCGGUUCCAUUGCUCGUCAUAUCCUUCAACAGUUGCAGAAGUUGAACAUAAUUGACAUUGAUCCAAAAGGCGGGAGGAGAAUUACGUCGAGCGGUCAGCGUGAUCUUGAUCAAGUUGCAGGUCGGAUUGUCGUUGCUCCUUGAGUCCACAUUGGGCAUGUGUGCUGCUGCUGUCAUUCUUUUGGACAUUAUGGUAGAUAUUUUUGGAGCUUUUUUUUUUUAACGAAACAUGGUUU